AUGAGAAGAUCCCCACGAAGAACACGUCAGGAUGAUCCUGAGGUAAAGAAAAAGCAGAUAACCGAACUCCUUCGCGGUGGAGAUCUUAGUGAUACAUCUUCUUCAUCAGAUGACGACACAACGUCUGAAAAUUUAUCGAAUUCUGAAGAGGAAGAGAAAAAAAUGUUCAAAAUUGUUACAUCAUCUGACUUAGGACGCAGAAAUAAACCAUUUACAACCCCUCAACAAAAGAAAGAAAUCAUUAUGGUAUCAGAUUCUUCAGAUGUCGAAGAAAUCCAACCAAAGAAACCGAAAGAAACAAAGAAGCAAAAACCGAAAAAGAAAGAAGGCCCUAAAUUACAGAUUGUCGAAUCAACUCAAAUCCCAGAAAGGUUCGAAAUCACUCAUGAUUCUUCUAGCACACAAAAGAAGACACAAGUCAAGCAACCACCACGUUCCGAGUUAACACUAAUCAUGAAUGAACACAAUGUCAAAGAAAAUUCUCUCAAACCUCACAAAGAAACUUUCGGAUCAGAUAUUUUCCUUCAAACUCAAGCAAUAUCGCCAUCUCCAAAGAAAGUUACUAAAAACGUUGAAAGGCCACCAGAUUCUCAAUACUACGGACAGAAAUUAAGUUCCGUAUUUGAUAUCCCUUCAUCAGAAUCAUCUGAACCAUUUACAAAAGAGACACAACCUAUGGAAUUCUCGCGCGCAGACUCUCUUCCAAUUUAUUUCAUGAAUUUGUACGAAGAAGGAAACAGAUUGUUCAUUUUCGGAAAAUACAGGGCCGACCAAAUCCAAUAUGGAACAAUUUGUGUACUUGUAAACCAUCCUGUCAGAUCUUUGUACUUUUUGCCAACUGAUCCUGACAAAAUGCCAUAUUUAGAGGCAACAGUUAAAGAAAUGUUCAAAGACGAUUUCGUCAAGAUGGAGAGAAUCAAGAGAAUGACAAUAGAAGAUUCAACACAAAAGGAAUGGUUGGAAGUGACAAUUUCUGCCAAUUACAAACUGUCAGAAAUUAAAUCAUCUGGCAAAUUUUAUUCUGAUGUUUAUGGGGUUUCUGCCACUUUGUCAGAAAAUUUCUUUUUGAAGAAGAAGAUAAAAGGACAGAGAUGGCUGAAUAUUCGAUGUUCCCAAUCAUAUACAAAUCACACAACAACUCCUUUGUUCGUUUGUGAUUCUUAUGAUGAUAUUUCGUUGAAUGAUGAAUUAUCGUACAAACCGUCAAUGAAUAUUUGUGUUUUUUCUUUGUAUUCGACAUCAAAUGUUUCUGAAAGUAUAUAUAUGAUAAGCGCAAGAAUUUUCUAUCAAUGGAAUAUAGAAAAAUUUGAACAAUACAGAGGUUUAAACGGUGGUCAUAAUGUACAAACAUUUUGUUUGAAUACAAUUAAGAAUGCAAAAAAUAAUUCAAACCUGAAAACUUCUAUCAUUUAUUGCGAUACGGAAGAAGAUUUGUUAAAUCACUUUUUUGAACGGUUAGAACGAUAUGACAUUGAUUUUUUGGUCAGUUACGAUUUGAUUGAAAAAGAUUUGUCACUUUUGAUGUCAAGAGGCCAAAAUUUGCCUUCUUUGUAUUCUCUUGGAAGAAUAAGAAGAGUUGAAAGUAUAAAAACGGUUGUUGGCAUAACCGCUGGCAGAAUUUUAUUGGAUCUCAAGUCAUUUUACAAAAAUGUUUUACAAGUGAAGUCAUCCACUUUUUCAGAGCUUGUCAGAAGUGAACUGAGAGUAAAUUUACCAUUACUUGAUUUGAAUUCACUUUAUCAACAAUUAAACAAGCAGCAUCCAUUGAAUAACAUCAUUGGUUUGUCAAGAAAAGAAACACAAUUGAUACAGAACUUGAUUAUGUCAAGAAACUUAAUUGUUUUGUGUAUUUCUAUUUCCAGAAUAAGUGGUUGCAGUCUACAGAAUGUUUGUAUUGGAGAUUUCGUUGAAAUAAUUGAACAACAGUUGAAUUUGACAUUUGACAGAACUUACUACAUGAUUCCUGACAGAAGAUUGUCAAUGUCAAUUUCUCAUUUGAAUUCUGGCGAUUUUUUGUCAGAUUGUGUCAAAUUUAGUAAUGGAAUAUUUGACUGUUAUUUGGCACUUUUUGAAUUUAAUGAUUUCUUUUUGAAUGUCAUAAGAGAAAACAAUUUGUGUCUUACGAAUAUUUCAGGGAAUAGACAAGGAAAAGGAUAUUUACCAAAAGUUUUCUCUGAAUACGAAAACUCCAUUCAAAAACUUAUUGAAAAACCAACGAAAUCGAGUUCUGAUGAAGAACUGAUACAAAACAAAUGUUUCAUUGAAGCUUUAAAGAGUUUAGGAUCGAUGUUUGAACUUUUCUUCAUCAAAGGAUCGAGGAGAUAUGAUAUAAAUAAACUCAGAGACGCUGUAAGAGAAAAAAGCCUCAAAACAAUUAAUAAUCUUAUAAAUGUUUUGGGAGAAGGACAAAUUGUUUGGUGCGAUAAAAAUAGAUUGUUAAUUCAAAGUGAUAAAAGUGACAGAGAAGAAGCAUUAUCGUUUUUCUCUCAAUUUUGUAAACGGUUUAAUGACAGUCACAGGAGAGUUAAGAUUGAAUUAGACAGUUUAUUGAAGAAAGCGAUUGUUGUUAACAGGAAUUUUAUUUCAAUUGAUGGUGAUGAAAAAUUGAGAACAAAUAGAUUUGACAACCAAAUAAGAUAUCGAAUGGAUUGGUGUCGUUUUCAAUGCCAAUUAUAUGAUAAAAUAAUUCAAACAAUUUUGUCAUCAGAAAAUGCAAAAAGUGCUGGUGAAAAAGUGACAAUUGACAUCACAUCAUUUCUUGAUAAAUUAAGGAAAGACACAAUCAAACAUUUAAACAUCCAAGACUUGUCAAUCAAUAUUGAUUUGAAUGAAACAAACGAUGAUCAAAUUUCUUCGUUUGUAAAUGAUUUACGAAACAAAAACCGUUUGCCAAUUUUGGAAUCAGUUAUUUCUGGCACUUUUUGUCGAUCAGGAACGAAUGAUGGCAAAUCAUUCCUCAAGUUAACAAGCGAAGUUGCUGAUUCUAGUUUCGUUGACAUUCCUUUUUAUAGAUCUAAGAUUUUAGAAACGGCUUCUAUCGUUUUGUCACCUUUUGAUGAUAUAAAAAGUGUCGUUGCACAGAAAUAUUAUCAAAUUUUAGAAAACGAUCACGAAAUUUCCUGUCAAUGUCACUUUUGUACAAAACGGUUUAUUUUCAAAGAUUUUGAUGAGAAUGGAAAUAUUUUGUGUCCUCUUUGUUCGACGAAACAGAAUGAGAAGUGGGCUGUAAAUCAGUUGAUUCAGUCUACAAGAAAUUACAUUCAUUCAAAGAUGAGUUGUCAUUUAGUUUGUAAUGAAUAUCUUUGUAAAGCAAAUUCUUUCCAAGUUUUGUUGCAAGGUUCUCAAGAACAUACUGAUCCUUGUAACGAAAGCGGUGUUUGUAAAGGAGCAAUGACUUUGAGAUCAAGUGAAAAUUCUUCUGUUUCUAUGUUCAUGGAUUUGAUUCGAUUGUUUUCGAGCGAAAAAGAAAGUUUCAUCUCCGAAGCAAUGACAAAACAUAUAAGGAAACUCGCUUCUUUCCACAAUAUUGAUCUUGAAAAGAGAUCGAGAUCAAUAAUAAGCGACACUGGAGCUUAUCCAAUCUACUCCAGCUCGCAAUCGGAUGUUUGUUCGUUUUUAUCUCAGUAA